AUGGCGGUGGUGCCUCGCAACUACUCGGCGGAGGCCCUGGGGUCUGAAGAACAGACGGCUCUGCAAGACGGCCUGGUAAAUGCCCCAUUCAUGGGCGAUGAAUACACCGGCUCCUUUAACGGUAUCUACUUCAAGGGAGGUAUGCUGCUGGUCGACUGUCAGGAUGAUAAGUCGGCCACCUGGUUAACGGAAGUCGGGCCAAGGCUAGAGGGCUGGAAGGGUCCGCUCCUAUGUGUAAAGAGAGGCGAAGAAAUACCACAAGUGCAGAGCAUGACGGUAUUCCUUCCCCGAAGUGCGGACAAGAGUUACGACUUCGCGCUUGGUUUGGUAAAGAACCAAAACCUCGGUUUAAGUACUUCAGAGUGGAAGGUCGUAGCGAGCAAAGUUGAGGGGACAGGGUGGAACCUCAACAUCACAGUAGAUGACGAAUCCUACAAAUACAUAAAACAGAAGGGAUUCCGGCUGAGCUUCCGUUUCAGCAAAGUAGUGAUGAGGCCACAGAGGCCCAAGGCAACGCCAACGGCGAGCAAGGAUCCUACGACGGGGAUGGCCGUAGUACUGACUCUACCCGUAGCCAGUCCAGCAGUGCAGGAUGCGACUGCCGCUGUGGUUGCGGAAUGCCGCCGAUGA